CGUUUGUUUGCCGUGCAGAUGUUGGUUGCCACAACAACAUUCAAGAUGGCAGCGAUGGCGGCCGGAGACGAACAUGCUGCCGCUGAAGUUUUGAGAGGACUCGCCCGACAUUUAAACUGUUUGAACGAAGACAACAAGUCGACUCGAAGGAGGGCCCUGGACCAAAUCAAGAGGGACACCAUCGACGGAGGACUUUCCGGUGGCGUCUUACAGGAGCUUUUCUCUGCCCUGCUCAAGCCUCUCCUCAAAUGUCUGUCAGAUCCGACCGAGAGAUGCAGAGACACGGCGAUAGCGACGAUCACGGAGUUCAUCCGCUGCGUCCCCAGGCCGGAGGAGUCGCUGCCUUAUCUCAUGCCCUGCCUGGCUCAGCGGCUCGGGGAGAAAGAGAUCCUGGAGCCCGCGGAGGAGCUUCGGCUGUCAGCCCUGGAGAUGUUAUCGCUGACGGUGGAGAUGUGCGGGAAGCACUUGGCUCCCUAUCUGACCGAAAUGAUCAACAUACUGCAGAGAGCCAUCGUCGAUCCCUUCCCGGAAGUCAAAAGAGAAAGCUGCAGAUGCGCAAUGGAGUUUGCGAUGCGUGUGCCAGAGCACUUUCAUAUGCAAGCUGAGAGUCUGGUCAAGCCUCUCAUGCAGACGAUAACUCAUCAGCACUCCCGAGUACGAGUGUCUGUCAUCGAAGCCACCGGGGCCGUCAUUCAGCAUGGCACUGGGAAAAACGUGGACGAUGUCCUCUCUCACCUGGCACAGAGACUGUUCGACGACUCGCCACAGGUGAGGAAAGCUGUGACCGCAGUUGUUGGGGAUUGGCUACUUCAUCUGAGAGACAGAUACUCUUAUUUCCACAAACUCGUCCCGCUCCUGCUGAGCAGCAUCAACGAUGAGAUCCCAGAAAUAAGACUUCUAGCAGCUGAUUUAUGGAGACAAGUAGGAGCACAGUGGGAGAAGGAGAAUGAGGACGACAUCAAGGAUAAAAUGGACUUCCUCCUCACCCCACCUCCCCUCUACCCACCAGGAGUGGAACGUCCGGGGCUGGGCUGCAGAGAGUUGGUGAUCAGAAAUCUGGGCAGACUGGUGCCAGCCAUCACCCACGAUGUCAGCGACUGGCUGGUGCCCACGCGGGUCAGGACGUCUCAGCUGCUUUCUGUGCUGCUGCUCCACGCCGAGGACCACAGCACGCAGCACCUGCAGCCUCUCCUGGCCACCCUCUAUCGGGCCUGCACUGACACAGAGAGGGACGUCGUCAGCAAUUGUCUGGCUUCUGCUCAACUGUUGGGGACCUUUGUCCCUCCUGCCGCCUUCCUCAAGCUGCUGCUGGAUCAUGUGACAACGCCCUACUCUUCCUCUCAUCCCUGGGCCCCCCUCAUGGUGCUGGCUGCGGUGCUGGGUGGCUGCUCCCAACCCCUCCUAAAACCACAUCUUGAGGAGAUUGCCAACACACUGGCUCAGCCCGACGUCUGCCAGGAAUAUCAACAGGUUAUGUACUUGGAGCAGUUGUUGGCCUGUGUGGAUGUGCUGCUGCGUCAGUGUGAGUCAGACUGUGGCUCAGUCAGCCUCCAGCUGCUGCAGGUGUUGGUCAAUGUCCAGAGUCUCUCCACCUCUUCAGAUCUCAGUGAAAAGGCCUUGGAGAGUGUGCAUUGCUUGUGUGAGGUGCAGGGCCUGGACUCAGGGAUGGAGCUCUAUAGGCAACAUAUGGGUCAGCUGCUGGACUGGCUGUCUACCUCCGUCAACACCUGGUCCAGUUACUCCCCACAGAGACUCCAACUGCAUAUCAUAGUCAUACAAUCAGGUCCAGUGAUAGGGGAUUUUGUAAGCCAGUUGAUGCCUCUGCUGCAGAGCUGCCUCCAGCCAGACAAAGACCCAGAAAUGAGAAUGAGCAUCUUCACAAUGCUUGCCAAGCUGCUACUGAACGCAACGAACACACUGGAUUCCCAAGGGCAUUUCCGUGACAGGUCCGAUAAGUUCCUGUGUGACAUCCUGCUUCCCAACCUGGUGUGGCGAGCAGGCCGCAUUGCUGCUGCCGUCCGCACCUCGGCGCUCAGCUGUCUGCUGGCCCUGCUGCAUGGAGGGGCAAUCACACCUGGACAGCUGCUGUGUCUGGAGGAGAAGCUCAGACCCCAGGUGUUGUCUGCCCUGGAAGAGGACUCUCAGAUGGGCAGACUGUUUGCUUGUCGCUCUGUAUCCACCAUGCUCAAUCUCAUAGGACCCAGUCUGCACCCUGAGGCCCUCAACAAGAUCUACCCCGAGCUGCUGAAACGUCUGGACGACAGUAGCAAGGACGUGCGUGACGCGGCUCUGCAGGCCCUGAGGCGGUGGCUGUCCAACCUGAACAAAGAUUACGACCCAGAGCUCUGCGCUCCUCAUCUGCAGCUCCUCUUCCAGCAGCUCCUCCUGCACCUGGAUGACCAGGAUGCCUCGGUGCAGGACCAAGUGUUCGGUGAGAUCACAUGCAAUGUUUGA